AUGUUAAUGGCGUUCUAUGCACAUCAUACCGGCCAGCCCAAUGUUGCAUACAAUUAUUUGGGUUCUGCAAUCCGCCUUGCAUACUCAAGUGGGAUCAACAGAAACUUAGACGAGGCGGCUGUUCCUACUAGCAAAAUUCAAUCCGCUCGACGAACAUGGUGGACGCUUUAUAGCCUGGAAUCCGAGUUAUGCAUGGAAUACGGACGCCCGCUAUGUAUUCGUGAGACUGAUUCUGUAGCAUCCUAUCCGCAGCAGAUCUUAGACCCAUCGGAUUCAAGGAGCAAGAUAACCUUCAUUGUUGUGAUGGCGAAGUUCGGCCGAAUUGUUCGCAAGAUCAUUGACUUGGUCUCGAAUAUCGACGAAAAAAGCAUUGAAAUUGAAUCCUUUGUUGGACGGAUGAUGAACCACCAGGCAGAGCUCAUGGCUUGGCGAGAAGAGCUUCCAGUGCAUCUCCAAAUCAGAAACUCGGAAGGGUCGGUGAAUAGAACGACGUUCGAUUUCCAAUGUGCUGAGAUUGAGCUUCGUUUCAAUCGGGUCAUGUUGAUGAUGCAUCGCCCAUUCUUUGCCUACAAAAACUUCUCCUCUCCAUUCUACACUUCAAGCAUGGCUAGGAUUGUUUGUCUUGGCGCCGCACAAGAGACCCUAACCAUUUUCUUCAAGGCCCGACUCAGCCUCCUCGAAAAGUCAUUCUACUACCAUCGAGUCAUUGCCGCAGCUUUGGUUAUUCUCACGAUUGCCUUCGAUAGCCCUCUGGAGGAGAAGUGCCACCUUUUAGAGACGUGUUCAAAGAGUGUGAAACUGUUCGAAGACAUGCAAUCAAACUUUUCGAAUUUUGGGACCGCAAUAUAG